CAAAUAUUAAGAAAAAUAAUUUAGAAGUUUUUAUCUAUAUCUAUCUCUUAAAUUUGAUUUUACCACCAUUCACAAAAUUUAACUCCAAAACCGAACUCGUCCACUAGAACACGCCUGCAUCUACUUGUACGACUGUACGAGCACAGAGAAUGGCUGCACUGAAUUGCUACCUGUCGGUGACCGCCGUUACUACACCCAUAUCUCAGCCAGCGCUAGAGCAAAAGCAGCCUAAGAUUAUACUGCCUAAGAAGUCGGAGAAAUUGCCCCCGUCCACCACCACCACCACCAAGCGCAGGAAGUUCUGGGGCGUCGAUGAGGACCCUCUCACAUCUGAUGAUUUCAUAUGGAACAAAGAAUUCAUGGGCCAUAUGAAGAACUUCAUUCAGGACCCUUCUGAAAAUGGUUGUAAUGCUCCUGCUAUUGGUUCAAAGGAAGAUACAUCUGGAUUUCUAAGCAUAAAUCGUGUUUUGAACCUUGACAGCUUGGAAGUGGACUUGAGCAAGGAGCUGCUGACAUCACCUUCAAAAUCAUUGCUAGGAGAAAGAGCUCAGGAAACUCAAGAUUUGCAGAAUGGCAAUCACACGUACCACAGAUGGAGACCAACACCAACAAGUCAUGAGCAAGAGAAGUGGGGCAAAGCUACUAAGGCAGCAAUAGGCGGCAGUGAUGUGAUGCUCAGAGAAUUGAGGCGUCCAAAUGGGGACCCCAAAGUAAUGGCCGCUCAGUCUAUUGAGGAGUAUCUCAAGUUGAAAAACAAGCUGCAGCUGCUCACCCUAGGCGUUGGCAGUAUAGGUGUUCUUUCAGCAUAUGUAUCUUAUUCUCCUGAAAUUGCAGCAAGCUAUGGUGUCGGCUUGCUUGGUUCAUUGGCAUACAUGCGCAUGCUAGGGAACAGUGUGGAUUCAAUACAACCACAGGGACCUCGAGCCAUCAUUAAAGGAGCUAUAGGGCAGCCUAGACUAUUGGUUCCUCUUGUCUUGGUUAUGAUCUAUAACCGGUGGAACAGGAUUGUGGUCCCGGAAUAUGGACUUGUGCACCUUGAGUUGAUUCCAAUGCUGGUUGGAUUUUUCACGUACAAGAUGGCUACUUUCAUCCAAGCCAUUGAUGAUGUAAUGAGUGUUGGGAAGAAGACUCGUCAACUGUAACUGUUCUUUGCUUGGAUAAUAGCUAAUAAGACAUCAUUCCCUGCUACGGAGUAUUAAACAACACAACCUAAUUUUGCAACCCUAACUCAUUCUUCAUGGCAAGAUAACAAGCUCCCAGCGACUAUGUUGCUACGAUGAAGGUGUAAGGUAUUUUGUAUUUCUGUUUGUGUUGCUUCAAAUCUAUAGAACGAGGGAGAUGGGUUUUGAAGCUUAAACUACAGUACAUUAAUGGGGACGUUUAAAAGCAAUGGAGUGGAAAGAAACCAAUCAGCACAAGACAAUUGAUAAAGAAGAGUCAAAUGAGGAAGGGUUCUUCUGUCCACACUGAUCUGGCUGAACCACCCCUUUAAAUAUUUGGAAAGGGAAGAAAGCAACCAGCAUUGAACGAAGAUUUAAAUGUUGUAUUUAAAUACUUUUUGGCUUUUUGGAUGUUAUUAUAGCAGCCAGUUUUUUGGUAUAGUAGGUGGCAACAUUAACUUUGGUACUUGUGGGAUGAUGACCAAGUUAUUUCUUUGGAGUGUUAAAUUAGGGCUUGUGUGGCAUUUUGAAUUUUGUAACCUCAUUAAUAACUCAUAAUAUUACUUGUAAUGAUGCUAAGUAAUGAUAUUACUAAUUAUAUUUAAUAUUGAUUACUUUUCAAUUUUCUGUCAUAAC